AUGUUUUCGCGCGGUAUUUCGUUUGGCAUGAAAGAACCGCAGCAAGGCAUCCUGUCGAUACCGCAUUAUGACUCAGAGAGGAUCUGGAACUUCAUUGAGAACGAAAACGAAAGAGUUAUGACACAAUGGGCCGAAUAUUUGGAAAGUCGAAAGCUGGGACAUGGUCCACAGCUGUUCUCUACCCUGGAAGGGGCUCGGGUUUGGCUGACCCAACAAGCUCCAGUAAAGUUAGUCGACGGCGCCUGGCUUUCUCACGUACAUAAGAUCACCACUCCUUUUGCUCUUCGGGGGAUCACCAAAUACGCGUGGCAAAUCUUCUCUGAAGAGCUCGGCGACGGCGAUAUUACAAAGCACCAUGUACAUCUUUACCGACAGCUUUUGGCAAAUUUCGGAUGCCAACUUCCAACAAAUGACACAGCGGAAUUCAUAUCUCCGGGCCGAUGGGAAGGGAUGGAGAAUGAACAUGCAUGGGAAGCUGCCGUGGGCCAACUCACCAUCUCGCUUUUCCCAAAUGAGUUUUUGCCCGAAAUCCUUGGCUUCAAUAUGCACUAUGAACUCAUCACACUCGACACUUUACGCGCGGCCUAUGAGCUCAAAGCUCUUGGGAUCGACCCCAGCUACUUCCUUAUUCAUGUCUCGAUUGAUAACGCGGAUUCUGGACAUGCUGCCAUGGCUACUCACACCGUGAUUCGCUAUCUUGAGGUAGUCCGAUCUACUGAGGGCGAAACAGCUUUGAAUGAUGCCUGGAAGCGGAUCCAAACAGGAUAUGCUAUGUCUCAUGCUUUGGGUUCGCAUUCAACGCAAAAGCAAGGUGACAUGGAAGCUCCGAUCAGCACACUGCACAUCACGGUAGACGAAGGCGUCACAUCGCGAGUAAUUGAUAUCAUGAGGUCCAAGGCAUUGGUGUCACACAAGUGCCACCUUCAAAGUCGGGCGCGUAUUGGAGGGCGGUCCCUAUCUGAAUGGCUCGCACCAAGCAUAUGGCAACAACCAAGCCCUCAAAAACACUUGGAGUUACUCACGGAGCUGGGCAACGCCAAGCCAUGGGUCAUUGCCGGAGCGAGCAACAAGAGCCUGCUGAUCAAGGAACUGCAGUGGAAGGGACGCAUGUUCGGCGCUUUCACGCACAGCGAGGUUGUCACCAUAAGAGAAUGGAUAGACUCUCUAGGUGUGGGCAUGGAUUCCUCCGUAUAUUGGAAGUUCACCUCCAGGAAACCAGUAAUGUCCAGGGAUGCUGUCAUGAUGCUUGAUAACCCUGCUGUUCACCAUCCAGUUGUAUUCUCCAGUCGAAACAACAUUGACCCCUCAGGCCUCGAGGCAUCUUCCGACAGCGAGAGCUCGAGAACCAUUUCAGAAAUUUGGACCGAGCCAGAAGCCUUUACCUUAUCGCCUGAUCUACAGUCAUCCAACCUGCUACCUCUCUGGUUUGCGCAUAUUGGUCUAUUGGAAAACGCCAUCACUACACCUUCGCAAACAGCUCUUCCUCUCUACGCCAGUAUAUUGCGCCUCUUACGUGCUCAAGCCGGGUUUUGCAUUGAAACGGAGAUUGUAGCUGGUAUGGAUGAACUGAAUAGGUCUUCAUGCCUAAGUCUUGUAGACAUCGGCCUCGAAAUUCUGUCUCAUGCCGACACAGCGGGAACCUCUCCACCCACAUGUUUGAAUGACAUUAUAAUGUUGGCUGAGACAAAAGGCAUACACGGGGAAACUAUUAAGCUCUCCAAGGAUAUGUUAUACUGGGCAUUGCAGCCGAAGAAGAACCUGAGCUGGCUUCUCGGCCUAGCUGUGGCCUUUUUGCCAGUAAAAAAGGCCGUUACAAGAGCACCAGAGCUUCUGAGCAAGGACACUAGACUUGUAUUAGAUGGCAUUGUCGAGAGGGAAAAAACGUGUCUGAUGGACUGCGUAAAUGUUCUGAAUGACAGCGAUGUAUCAGAAUGUGCGCGAUUCAUCCGCGGUUAUCGAUAUGGCUCAAGCGCUCUGAGGCGCUGUCUUCCAACACCUGGUCAUCAGAAAUAG